AUGUAUCACGGCUACCCAUCGCGCCGUCGGUCACUCGUAGGCGACGCCAAGUUUGAAACGGUUAAGAAUCGAGAGGCGAAACUCAAUUGGCUUCAGGAGAGCCGAGACAUCUCGGAGGACAAUGAGUUGUCCGAAGAAGAGGUUCUUGUGGUGAAUGAGUUCGCCGACGAUAACUCGUUGGCCUCUAAGCCGUCAAACAUAUUGAUUGAUCUAAAAGAGGGCGGGUUUUCGAGUUUACCCAAAAUCAUCAGGAUCAUUGAGGCAUGUAAAGGCAAUAUCGAGCACUUGGAGAGCCGCAAGAGUAUGGACUCGGAGGCGGCGGUGGCCGCGAAGGCAUCGGCGGUGGAUCUAUUCAUGAGUGUUCACAUCUCAAGCAAUGGUUUAUUGCAUUUGAUUAAAUCCGUGCGACAAAACAGUUUGGCUGAAGUGACUCUACUCAGGGAAAAACAUAUUAGCGUUAAG